AAAAAUUAUAAAAGUAAAGAAGACGAUAAAAAAUCCACCGAAGAAACUAAAAAAUUAACAAUGUUCCGUCUCUUCAUAAAAUUUCCACAUCCGCAACAUUUUUAUUCUUCAAUUAAAAACAGUGAAAAAUGACUCAAAAUUGACAAUGACUAUGUAAAUAAAAAGCAAAGUUAAAAAAAUAGGGGCUAGCCCCCAAAGAAAUGAUCCGUAAGAAAAAAUAUUUAAAACUGGAGAAGAUUUUUUUUUUAUCAAAAUAGAUAAAAGAAAAAGAAGAGGAAAAUUUCGAAACAAAAAAAAAGGUGUAAUUCAGAAGAAAGGAGAGGAAAUUGUUCCUCCCUUCCCGCCCUAGCUAAAAAAGAGAGAGAGAGAGAAAGAGAGAGAGAAGGGAACAACUAAUGAACUAAAGAAAAGUGACUUCCGGCGUUUGUCGUGAUGCAGUCACUCGAAGAGCUUUUUAUUUCGACCGAGUUCCCUUUGAAUUUAACACCAUCAUGGAUUGUGGCGAACGAGACAUUCUUUCGCAACGACACAAAUUUAACGGACACAGAAGAUGGGAAUCAAUUUAUUUUACCAUGGUGGCGACAAAUGAUAUGGACAUUAUUAUUCGCUGGUAUGAUUGUUGUUGCGACUGGUGGCAAUCUCAUUGUGAUUUGGAUAGUGUUGGCCCAUAAACGAAUGAGAACAGUUACUAAUUACUUUCUAGUGAAUUUAAGUAUUGCGGACGCAAUGGUGUCGACGUUAAAUGUUAUCUUUAAUUAUACCUAUAUGCUCAAUAGUCAUUGGCCAUUUGGGAAUUUAUACUGCAAGAUCAGCCAAUUUAUUGCAGUUCUUACCAUCUGCGCCAGCGUUUUUACACUCAUGGCCAUUUCGUUUGAUAGGU